AUACAGCACAAUGUCGUUUAUACCAUCGAAAGCAAAUUUGUUGUUGUUACGUUGCUAUUUAACUUCCCCCGUUUGACCCGUCUAAAUGCCUCGAAGUCUUCAAAAUAGCAGUUAGGCGCCAUGGGGAGUAUUACACGUGAUAGGGGCUGCCUCUAUUACGUUCCUUGGCUGGCGACGCUGUGCGUUAUCAUAGCGGUUACGAGCUUAGGUGUCUGGGCUUACUUCACAAAACGAUGCGAGGAUUUGACAUUAGGCGCCUUGGACGACUUGGGUAUUAGCGCAAAGGAGCUCAAUCGGAUUAACCCGGCGUUGGUUGCCACCGCAAUCACUUACCUUUCACUAACCCUCGUAAUAUACUUCAUGAGCUUGUGGCGGUCGUUCAUCGAAGCAAAUCAUGAUGCAACAGGUGUCACCGGCGGCGGCGCACUCGCCUUCCUGGUGCUCUCCUUCCUGCUGCUGUGCUGCUGGUGGCUUGUGGUGGUGUGGCUGGUGCUGCUGGUUAUGGCCAACACCGUGUGGGCCGCCGCCCUGUACGUCACCCACGGCGCCUCCAAGCAGGCGCUGGCCGCCACCGCCAGCUUCGGAGCGGCCACCUGGCUGCCCAGCAGCGACCUGCCCUGCCCCGGGCAGUGCCUGGACCUCACGCAGCUGGUCUUCAUGGCGUCGGAGCUGCAGGACGCGUGCAUCUGUGACACCGACAAGCUGGCCGCGGCCCGCGACUCCUUCAAGCACGCAUACAACCAGAUCCCCGGACUGGCAGUCGGCAACUGGGGCAUGCUGGCGGCGGGGGUGUGGCUGCUGAUGAACUUCGCAUGCCAGUUUUCACACACCAAGAGGGAGCGGGAGAUUCUUAUCCGUGUGGCCACACGAAUAUACAGCGGGAUCUAGUGUUGUUGGGGCGACACAGCUGCAUGGUGCAUGAAGCAGGGGAUGUAGCCCGUGCGAUUGACGCUGCUACUGCUGGCACUUAGUGGGUUUGUUGACCUACCUGAGUCCAUACCUGAAUUGUGACUCUGCAGUAAUAACUGUUACUGCUGCGAGUUUGGAUUUAAGGGUCCAUGGCCGAGUCGUUGCGUAGAUCUGCGAGGGGCUUGCCGUAACGUCUGUUUUGGGUGGGGCAACACCCACGUAACUGGUGUUUGCGGGAUACGGUAACUCACGUACAGGAUUCCAGCCGUGGUGCUGCGAAGGAGCGUAGUUUUAAGCAUUAUAGGACAUGUAUAUUCAGCUAAUUUUAAAACUGGGGAUGCCUAAGUACUCAUGAAAGCAGGUCGUUAGAAAGGUGGAAAGGUGGGGUAAAGAGGAAACAACUAACUGACCGUGUGAUAGGGCGUCAUCAUGGUUGGGGGAUCGUACAUGUGCGGGGCUUAUGUCUCUCUGGACAGUGUGCUGACAGUUCUUAGAGGGCGCACGCUUGCCGUACAGCUUGCCGUACAAUAUGAUUACUGCUCAAUAAAUUUGUGAUGUCUAGUUACCUGUCAGAAGGCGGCGGGAAACGCAUGAUGGAGUGCUUUUCGUGGUUCUCAUUGAUGGUGCUAUCUGCUUGCGUGUGUACAGUGUGCACUGAUUGCAUCCGUACAGCGUACUGAACAGUGCAUAAACGAGGAGGUGUUGUUCGGGAGCAUGCUUGUAUGGUAGCCGGAAAGCUGACGGUACUUGUCGCGUGUGUGAUGUACCUGUUUUGCAGUUACAGCCUGUACGCGUGUACAGUGUGUCCGUACGAGCCAGGGGGGCCGAGGUUUUGCGUGGGCUGCAUGACCUGUAGGCUUUCUCUGUUUAGACGUGGCAUGAUGACGUUUGUCAGCAGCCCUAACUUGUACGGAAAUGCUGUUGCUUGUUAAAAGGUGUGGAUGGUUUGUUUUGACCGGCAACGAAUGCGAUCCUAAUUGGCAGUUUGCGAUGAUGGCGUUUCGGUAAAUUAAUUUAGUGAGUACUGACAACUAUGGUUUGCGUAUUUUCCGGCCCUGUGUGGCGUAGUAACCACUCCGGCAAUUGCUGUGCAUGCGCUGAUCCGGAUUGCGCAAUCCUUGGACCCGGG